GUGUCGACUGGAGCAUUUGAGCAAUUUGAAAUUAAAGCAAACAAUGGGCAGGCACUCCCAGGGACCUCUCGCUCACCAUAUUACACGGAGGACGCUCGUGUGCUCCUGCACAUUACUGGCAAGUCAUUACGUUUCUCUGGAAACCGAGCGCAGGAGCACGCUCACAGAAGUCAGUGAUGCAAGCAGCAGCUGAGUGCUUGGAAUGGCGUGUGUGAGUGUGUGUGAGCAUCCUUGGCAACGGCAUGGAGAACUGUCAAAACAAAGCGGACUACUGACAUACUGAUAUGCAGCUACACACAAUGUACACCUUCGCAGGGUUUUACAUUUUAGGGAGAUUUUUGUCGAGUCCGAGACUUAAGGAGUUAACCUUGUGCUUUAAUUUCCCUUCAUAAUAAUAAAACUGAUGUUGAUUCAGUAAUGAUUUAAGGUGAAGCACUUAAAACUAAAUUAAACCAUACAUUUGAAACUGAUUUAGCUGUUUCAAAUGAAUAGUUUGAUUUAGUUUACAGCAGAAUACAAACAUACACAUUUACUGAAAGGAGAAAAAAAAAAGAAAAUUAAAGGAAUAACUUUAUAUUUUUUCCCCUGGCAGCCAAGGCAAUGUGGUGGGUGCGGUUGCCCUGCAGUGUCAAAAACUUCUGAAACAGAAUUAAAAAAAAUAAAUAAAUAAAAUAACUUAAUAAUUGCAUUUAUAAAUGUAAAUAAAACUGUUUAAAUUUACAACCUGUUUAUCAGCUCGGGUGGAGAAUUCUAGCUAGUCGCCACUAAACGUUUCCCCGGUGUGGAACACAAAGGCAAAUUUUUUUUUAGCCACCCUUCAAAUUAGGAAGGGGAAGAAAACAAGCCGUUGGUAAAAGGCAGGAUUGUGCUGAUUCUCGUAAGUCUACAAAUGGCUGCAAAAACAGAGCCACUCACGUAAACAUUUCAAUAUUUACAGUCGGAGCCAAAACUUAAAACUGUCACAGUAACCCGGACAAACGAGGCAGGAAGAGGACCAGAGUUUAUCUGGCUGCAACUGACAGUGGGGGAGGGUGAAAACGGAUAGUACAGGGAAAUACACAAAAUGAUUUAAAUGGGCAACUUUUAGCAUAUAUUCAAUAAACACCUCAACUGAUAUAAUGUGGGUGAGAACAACUUGGCUCGUAAUAAAUUAUGCCCUAUUUUUUAUUUUUUUUUUUACUUAUUUGCUUACUAAUCAAUAAAACAAUUAGAGUUGGUGAGGUGUGGAGUUAGAUCUUUCUUAUCAGUUUUGUUACAUUAAUUUAAGCAAGAAACCAUCAUUACAAGAGUUUCCACUUGAAUAGCCUGUAUUAGACUCAAUAUUAGUUAGAUUAUCAACUAAAACCAUUUUGCAUUUGGUUGAAACUUAUUCAUUCAUAGCAUUUAAUCCAAAGUUUCCUUGAUGUAGCAACCCAGCAAAGAGACGAGGCUUUCUAGCCUUUAAGAAUAAGUUUUUCCAGGAUUCACAUAAAACAUAGGAGCUGACCUUGCAUAUCUUUAUCAUACGUGUAAAUGAGUGCAACAUUUCAAUGGCAAAAUAACCACUUAGUUUGAAGUAUGUCAAUAUGCCAACUUUAAUUUUAGCAAAAAGUAAUCUAUUUAAAAUCUAACAGCUGGUAUGUGCAGCUAGUUUAUCUUGGAAUGUACUUUGUACAAUUUCAAUUCGUCUGAUCACGAAAAAAUUUAGCAUAGCAAUUUUUUGUCUAAGGUAUGUUGCUACAAGUGCAAAGAAACCAAGAAUUGCAUUUAAUUUUUUUUUAUAUAAAAAAUAACAAUGACAUCUGGUUAGCGCGACAAAAAUCACAGGGACGUGAUGUUUCACUGCAAGGAAGCAGCAAGAACUGAAGUUGGAUCAGAUUCUUUACGGUGUGUAACAUUUCUCAGAUGAAUGUUUUUAACCACAACCUAAAGGCAGAACUAAUGGAUCUGGGGGACACAGUGGGGAAACACGGGAAAUGGGAUUCCCUCAAACUGCCUUCUCCUAUAUGCAACAUUGUUAAAUUAAAUCAAUCAUCAAUUUAUUCUCUUUAGCUUUUUUUAAAGCAAACCCAAUCUCUGAUCCUUUGCAUAAUAUUUUUCCUCAGUAUUUAACAUGUUUGCGCAGCUUCUUGUUACUCUGUUGUUGACUGAGUUUUGCAGAGUGGAGUCUCCUUUCUUCACACGUCCAUGUGGGACCAAAAAGGGAAAAAAAAGCAACCGUUACUGACGUCGCUCUAAUCACUCACAGUGCGUCGUUACGCAUUUCCUGUUCGCUACGAAGUUCCCCCUCUGCUCCACCAUCGAGCCCUGACGGCGAUGUUUUGGUAAAAACAAAAUAGUGCCUCGAAAAGGAACGUAAACACGUCUAAAACAUGGCAUGUCGGUGGAGUGGCACCUAGAACGGCGCUGCGGAUAAAACGACGGUCGUCUUCGACGAAGUUUUUUUUUUUUUUUUUUUUUUUUUUUUUUUUUCUGCGGUCAGUCCUUGUGUUUCCUCCGCAUGUCCGCUUUCCUCGUAGAUGGUCUGCGGCGAGCGUUGUCUGACAGCGGACGACAAGCUGUUGACGAGUAACAUGAAGGAGAUGAUCGGCGGUUGCUGUGUGUGCUCGGACGAACGCGGCUGGGCGGAAAACCCGCUGGUCUACUGCGACGGCCACGGCUGCAACGUCGCUGUGCACCAAGCCUGCUAUGGAAUUGUUCAGGUGCCGACUGGUCCAUGGUUCUGCAGAAAGUGUGAAUCCCAGGAGAGAGCGGCCCGUGUGAGAUGUGAGCUCUGUCCCCACAAAGAUGGAGCCCUCAAGAGGACAGACAACGGAGGCUGGGCCCACGUGGUUUGUGCCCUGUACAUCCCUGAAGUGGAGUUCGCUAACGUUUCAACCAUGGAGCCAAUAGUUCUACAGUCUGUCCCCCAUGAACGCUACAACAAGACAUGUUACAUCUGUGAAGAGCAGGGCAGAGAGAGUAAAGCCGCCACUGGAGCCUGCAUGACCUGCAACAAACACGGCUGCAGACAGGCCUUCCAUGUGACAUGUGCCCAGUUUGCAGGACUAUUAUGUGAAGAACAAGGCUCUGAUGCAGAUAACGUCAAGUAUUGUGGAUACUGCAAAUACCAUCACAGCAAACUGCGAAGGAGCAGGGGCCGUGGUAGUAGGUCUCAAAGCUUAAGUGACUCUUCCUCACAGUCUAUGGAUAGACCCACAGAGCAGGACAAGAAGAAACACAAGGAGCGAGACAGACACAAACCAAAACACAAGAAAGGCUCCAUGGACAUGUCGCCCUCUCUCGUUCUUCCAAACAUCAUGGUCCCCGAAAAGACCUACAACAGCACCGCCUCUGGGGUAGGAGUAACCUCGCUGCCCGCGUCCUCUCAGAAGCGAUUAGACGACAACACGGGCCGCUUCACCAACGCCAACUUCCAGGAAGUGUCGUCCGCUCUCUCCGGGGGCGCCUCCAAGGAUGGCCUGGCCGCAGACGCGACCAAGGCGGCGGCCGAGGGCAAGAACAAGAAGAACAGCGGCGGCGCUCACACGGUCGGACAGAGGGGCGGCCGCAAGUCUCUCACUUCGUCAGGGAAACCAUUACCCUCAGCGGUGGUCACCAUGGCUACCUCCUCCACAUCUGCCUCCGCUUCCACGGGGCCUUUCCAUCAAGGCCUGCUGUUGACCAGUUCCAGCAAGACUCCCGCUGCCCCUUCCUCCUCAGACUUCCUAAGUUUCACCGACCCGUCGCUGCGUCCCGGCAGUGGAACGUCGUUUUCCUCGCCGCCGUCUUUCAGCAGCUGCCUGGUCAAGUCGAGCUCUGAGGGCGGCGCGGCGGAGGGAACCACCCCUCUCUUUGGUUCUCUUAUGUCUGCGACUACGACUUCUGCAGCAGUCGGCGGAAAACUGUACGAGAACUCCCACAGUCACGCAGCGAGCGAAACGACGAGCCUCGUCGGAUCAACGGGCUACAAACGCUCUCAGCCCGCCGGCAGCGGUCUGGGGAUGGGCGCCACAGUCACAGUCGGUGGCGAAGAAGGCAUCAAGAAGAAGAAGAAGGGCAACUGGCGAAACCGAUUUGGACCCUGCUUUACCACGGACGCGAAGCCCGCCGAGGCAGCGCCGUCUCUGACGCUCCCCACCUCUUCCUCUGCCGCCAGCGCCACCUCCUCCUGCUCCUCCACAGCCUCCACCGCCUCCUCCACAUCCUCGACGCUCUCGGGUCGACCAGGCUUGGUUUCCAGCAGCGGAUUAGGAGUAGGAAUAGGAGGAGAAAGGGGGUUAGGGGUCAUGGGCGUCGGCGGUGGCAUUCAGAAAUCCCCGUCGCUCCUCCGGAACGGGAGUCUGCAAAGCAACAGCAGCUCCACAACCGCUGGCUCAGGUGUCUUCUCCGCCGCCGACGGGUCAUCGUCAGGGACAGCAGCCGUCGCCAUGGGCGGGGCGAGCGCCGAGUUGUCACAGCAACAGCAGACCACACCUUCCCUGGCGCCUCCCUCCCCAUUCACCGCCGCGGCUCCACUCAACAGCACAACCUCCACACACGCUCUGCCGGGCUCCGUGUUCAACCUGGCUCCCCCCCACAUGUUCGGCAACAGGCUGAACCCCAACUCCAGCAUGGCGGCUCUCAUCGCUCAGUCCGAGGCCUCACCAGCAGAUCAGGAGGUGGGAGACGGCAGCGGCGGAUCUCAGGGCUUCUCCAUAAGAGCUUCUCCUAAGACCACCCCGCGCUCUCCCAUUGGCGGCCUGCAGAUCCGCUAUGACUCCUCGGGGUCGUUGCCGGGGCCAGGGCUGGGGUUGCUAGGGGCCGUCGGCGGCGGGGAGACGCUGCCCCCGGUGGCCACCAGCAUCGAGCAGCUCCUGGAGAGGCAGUGGAACGAAGGGCAGAGCUUCCUGCUGCAGCAGGGAGCGCAAGGAGACGUGGUGGCCAUGUUGAAGUCUCUCCACCAGCUGCAGGAGGAGAACAGGAGACUGGAGGAGCAGAUUAAAACCCUGACCAUGAAGAAAGAGAGACUCCAGCUUCUCAGCGCACAGUUAUCAGUGCCAUUCACCCCGAGCACCAUUUCCUCGAGUGAUGUGAAGGGGUCCCACCUCGGAGCCACAGACUCUUCUUUACCAGUGACAGCUCAGGACACCGCGUCUUGCGGAGGUCACAGCAGCAGCGGCUCCACCUCCUCGCUCUCCGCCUCGCCCUCCGUCUCCCAGAGCCCGCCUCAGCCGGCGCUGAACGGCAUGGCCGCCACGGCCGCGCUGGGCGGCGUCGCCGGGCUGAUGGGCGCUCUGGGCGCAGGAAACGCGCUGGGCAUCGGCGGGAUCGUCGGAGCGCUGAACGGCGUGAUCCAGACGCCGGCGGGCCCCGGCAGCCCCCACACUACGGGAACUGCGGCAGGCGUCACGCUCCCCGUUAACAGCAGCAGCUCAACAGGUAGUAAGAACAGCGCCGCCCGGCUCGGCCUGCUGUCCGAACAGCAGCGUCUGCUUCAGCAUCAGCUCCAGCAGCUGCUGUCCUCCCAGUCGUCUGCGGACCAGCAGCAGCAGGCGCUGCUCCUGCAGCUGAUCCAGCAGCAGCAUCAGGACCUGCAGCAGCUGCAGUCCCUCUCCUCCACGGGCCAGAUGCCCUCCAUGCCGCUGUCCGGCUCUCAGCUGCCCCUCACCAACCUGCAGAGCCAGGGCGCCAUCGCCACCAACCCCUUCCUCGCGCUGCAGCACACACACACCGACACACACGGCUCGGGGCCGGGAAAGCCCCGGGUCGCAGAAAAAGCCGUGGGCAUCACCGGCCAAGAGAAGACAUGACACUUUUUAUAUUGUUUGUUUAUGAUUUAUUUUUUUUAUUUUUAUUUUUUUUAUUACUCUCUUUAUAAAAUAUGCAUAGUUGUAAGAUCAGCUUUUUGGUCAGAGUCCAUCAGCUGGACAGAAGAGCAAGAGUUAAAAGUGUUGCCAUUCAUUUCAUGGAGUUCCUCCCUCACUCAAACUGGGCCGGCCGACUUCGGUUCUGCAGCUUUUUCUGGUUUAAAACUUGACCCUGAAUUCUGUUUAUGUGUGUGUGUGUGUGUGCACGCUAUUUAUUUCAGUCUAACUUAUAGUUGUGUUCUCUUUAACUGCUUCUUUGUUCUUAUUGUCUUUAGUUGGGUUUUAAUUUAAUAUUCCUAUUUGUUUCUCUAUUAGUUUCACCAUGUAGCAUCAGAGUAAAAUAUCUGUUUGUUUUUUUCCCUCGUGGUUUUUUAGUUGUUUUUUUUUUUUGCUUAAAUCAUCCAAAAGGUCAGUUUCCAAGAAAGUUUAAAGCUAACUGUUUCUGUCAUAAUUCCGACUUUUGUUUCCUCUCCUCUCGGCUUCUUCUCUUCGUUUCUAUCACGAUGUUUCACUCUCAGGGGCCUCCGCUAACCAGAGCUGUUAGCUCGACAGCCGAGCUGGCGCACAGAAAACCUACAAACCUAAAAAUCACGAAAAAAGAAAAAAAAAAAACGAAAACAAGCAGCAAUACAUGAAUGAGUAUAAAAGUACACUUCCCUGGAAUAUCACUGAACAGUAACAGAUGUAUGUUUGACAUCUGUCUCGCAGCAGUCCCGAGGGGAAUAUCGGGUCAGCGUUGUGAAAAGAAAAGAGAAAAAAAAAAGAAAUUGCCCCACAUGUUUCUGGCUGCUGCUUCUCUCCCAACGUCUCUUUCACUCUGCGCGCUGCAGAUCCAUUAAUAUCAGCGAGCCAAGCGUCGCACUGUCACCGCAGUAGCCUUGCUGUCGACUGUCUCUUCUCCGGGCCAGAUACUGGCAGGGGGGGGGGGCUCAGUCAUGGAUGCGAGACACUUACAGGACGGGGUUAAAAAGAAAACUCAAGGUUUAAAGGCAGCUUGUUUCGAGACGCUGUAAUCCAUGUAGCUUGGAGUCCGAAACAAAAAAGUCAUGCACUUGUCUGCAAACAAAGCCUCUUUCCUGCCCCGUCUUCCUGAUUGAGCCCCCCGCUUGCACCUACCUCUUCGAGCAGGACCUCAAAGGCCGACCGCGGCAGUCGCUUUAAAAAAAAAAACAAAAAACAACACAACAGUCAGGACUGGCCGUUCAGGCUCCAAACACAAGUGCCUGAGGCCAAAUAGGUGGGGAGGGGGUAAGAUUUUUGCGUUUCUUUUUACAUUGCAAAUUUUUUACAGCGCUCCUGGUGAUUAUGCUGCACCUAAUUUAAUGGAAACACUUUCCAGCUCUUAACAAAACGAGAAAAAUUUAUUCAGCUGCAUUCUAUAAUAUUCAAAAAUAAAUAAAUAAAUAAAUAAAUACAACUUUUAUGUUGUGGUUUUUUUGUUGUUGUUUUUUUUUAUUUAUCUGGAGUGUUUGUGUAUUGUGUGUAAAUUUAUAUAUUUUAAAAAAAAAUAAACUCACUGAUUUUUUUUUCUCUUUUUUUGUGAUUUAACAUCAUUUUGUACUACUGUGUACAGGUUUUUUUGUUUUGUUUUGUUUUUGACCUCCAAGACAGUCUGAUUUUGCUGUAAACUCUCUCUGAUGACGUCUGCUCUGUGUCACGUGUUUGAAAAGCUAGAAGCUAUUUAAUAGUUGGUUGAUUUGGGAGGAGCGGGGGUGUAUAUAGCUGCUCGUAGGGGCAGAAGAAGUGUGUUCGGUGGCACAGUCUUUACCUCGUUAAGUGUACAUAAACCUUUCUCAUUGGCCGUUUGGUGUACAUAAGUGAUUGUGAUUGGCCGUGAUGCCAAUGAAGCCUCAAGUUUGUGUGUGUGAGAGUCUUUUUAGGACCAGAAAAAUAAGAUUAACAGUGACUGGACACACAAAAGUAUUAAUUUAUUUUUAUAUGUGCAGGGACAUUGUGGUUCUUUCGUUUUUAAGGUUUGCACCAUUUUCUCUCUUUUUUUUUUUUUUACUUGGGCACUAUGAUUUCAUUUGUCCACACAAAUGUGUUUCAAUCAGUUUUGUGAAAGUGGGAAAAUAAUUAAGGUGUGGAGCGGGGUCUCAUAUUGUAUUUCAAAAUGCAAAAAAAUAAAUAAACUCUGGGUUAAGAAAAUCA